CUACAGCACGUUUUAAGAUAAUUUGCAGGCAUAACGCUUCCUUCUGCUAGUUGCGGGCUGCGACCGUCGAUUUUCGGCGAAGCUUUCCGCUCUUCUCCUACUAGUGUCUCUGCAGCCAUGGAUGCGCAUCAUGCUUCCAUUGGUCGUCGAACGUUGGAAGAAAUUCGCUUGAAGAGAGCUGCGGAAAGAUUGAAUAAGACCUCCUCCGGCUCCGAUCUGGAAAACUUGAAUCAAUAUGGGAUUCAAGGGUCGGGGAAUGGAGACCGCGUUAUGGAGAGGGAUUCAUAUGCUUUACUAUCUCAAGUUAAAGAGCUUCAAAGCAAAUGUGGAGAUUUGGAAAAAGAAAACCAGAAGUUAUUGGCUAAGCUUGAGGAAAAAGAAGCUGAAAAUAGCUCAUUAGUGAAGAAUUUAAAAGAUUUAGAAGAAAAUACUAUACCUCCUUUGAGAAAGGCUCUGAAAGAUUUGUCCAUUGAGAAGGAUGCGGCCAUUGUUGGGAAGGAGGAUGCUCUCUCCCAGCUUCGGACAGCUAAAAAGCGACUGAAAGAGGCAGAAGAAGAGCAGUACAGAGCAGAAGAGGAUGCUGCAGCCUUGAGAGCAGAGUUAAAUUCUCUACACCAAGUUAUGACAAAUCCAUACGGUGGCAUGCCAUCCGUUGACAGGAUACCAGAUAGUGUUCUUUCUAUGGAAAAGGAAAUAACAGAGUUGAAAUCGCUAUUGCAGCAAGAGUUUCAAUUGAGACAACAAGAGCAGCAUAAGUUAGCUGAACAGCAGCUUCGUGUUUCGUCUCUAACUACUGAAAAGCAAGAUCUGGAAGGUAGACUAGCAGCUUUGUCAAACAAGCUAACAGAAGAGACCUCAGAUUCAGCUAACCAAAAGGCUUUUUCUCUGAAGGACAAGGAGAAAUUUGAGAAGCAAUUGCAUGAUAUGGCUUUGAUGGUUGAGAGGCUUGAAAGUAGCCGUCAGAAGCUGCUGACAGAGAUUGACUCACAAUCUUCUGAGAUUGAAAGGCUAUUUGAGGAAAACUUUAAUUUGUCAGCUUCGCACCAAGAUGCAUUGGGGCUUGCCGUGCAGUGGGAAAACCAGGUUAAAGACUGUUUGAAGCUGAAUGAAGAGCUUCGUCUUCUGCUUGAUAAACUCAGGUCGGAGCAAAUCCACUCCAUGCAACCAAGAGAAAACAGUGCUCGAUUUGAUGGUAUUGCAGAUGUUUCUAUUCAUCAUGAACAAGUCACUGAAAACCAACUUCUUAAGGACCGGCUUGCUAAAGAACAAAGUAGAGCUGAGGCACUAUCGGCAGAGAUCCUGAAGCUUACAGCUGAGCUUAAACGUGCAGCUCAAGCAUACAAUAAUCUCACCCGCCUAUAUCGGCCUGUGCUUCGUAACAUAGAGAAUAAUCUUAUGAAAAUGAAACAGGAGAGUUUUGUCACUAUUCACUGAGGUCCUCACAACAUGAGAAAUCGGUAACCCAACCUGAACUGACUGCUCCUUAUCUGAAUUACAAUGAUUUUACUGUAUACUUGGGUGAACAAAUGAGAAUUUCUCAAAACCAUCAAUCUUGUUAAGAAAUUCUUUAUAUAAGCCAACUACGAAACAUUUGGUAAAUAUAAAUCCAUUUCUGUUC